AUGGCUCGCCAUUUCGUCCGUUCGUUUGUUAUUGCUGCGGCGCUCAGCCCCUUCGUUAAUGCUGGGCCAUGCCGCCCCUCUUCGAGCUCCGUAGCGGUCGUUACGACUACUGCUGAGACCAGUGUCGCGACUGGCUCUGCUACGACUCAUACCAAGGACUCCAGCUUGACUGAGUCUUUAUCUGGUACCUCAACUGAGACUUCCCUUAUUGUCAGUGAGAGUGGCUCAACCACUGGUGCUUCCACUGAGACAAGUCUCACUAUUAGUGAGAGCGACUCAUCCACCGGCACUACCCUGGGCACCACUACCUCAACUGAGUGUACCGAGCCAGAGCCUCCUGUCUACAAUGAUCCCUUUACUGCCACCUACACCGAGGAGAUCCCAGCGACCACAACUGAAGCGGCAACCACUACUGAAGAUGCUGCCGCCACCAUUGUCCCGAGAAACUUCGUUCGAAGAGGUCAUCCAGAGAUAUUUGUCAGGGAUGCCACAAGUGAAGCCGCUCCCGCCAACAGCGAAGAUGCUACCACUACAGAAGAGGCUACCACCACUACCGAAACUGCCGCUACCACUUCUGGAGAAGCCACUACUACUGGCGAUACAACCGCCACAUCUGAAGACACCACUGCUAUCACUGAAGGUGCUACUACCACCACAGAAGAGGCUACCACCACUACUGAAGAGACUACCACCACUGCUUCCGAGACUGCUACCGGUUGCGUUAAUAAUAUGGAGAGACCAACACCUGAGGGCGCCGUCUGCGGAGCAAGGGGUUAUGUAUGGGGCGUUUCAGACGAAUGGAGAUCCUUAGGCGAAGGCUCAUCUUCCUCUUUGAUGGACUGUUACAAGUCUUGCAUGGAGACGUCUAACUGCGUUACCUUCCUCUACCAGAAAGAUGCGCAAUGCAGUCUCUACAGAGGUAAAAUCACUCAGCUGAGCUCGGACCGAACCAGCGUCAGGAACUAUGAGAUAAGCUGCUUCUGUGACACAGGUAUUGAGCCAGCUCCGACCUGCUCAUAUGAUACCUCCAUCAUCAACGGCGGUUUCGAUAACGGCAAGUUCUCUCCAUGGCAGGAGGAUCCCAAUCCUGGCGGUAAAGAUCCCGUCGCCUUGAGGCCCGUUCCUGGUGGCGAGGGCGGUACCUCUUAUCGGCUCCAGACUGGCCAGUUUGACUUCGACAAGAGCAUGUGGAUUUACCAGGAUGUCAAGGCCUGCCCUGGCACCACGUUCUACUGCAGCUAUAGGUGGUGGUGGGAUGAGUACUACUCGAUUCCUCAAAAUAGUGGCGGCAGCUUGGUUCCAUAUGUCCGCGUUUACCAAGACGACGACAGGAUCGGGAACAGAUAUCCAACCAGUGCGGCCCAGACGAAGACAUGGAUCAACGCAAAUUUCCAGUUCACUAUGCCUGAUAGCGGAGAGACUAGGAUUUGGUUCGUUGCUAGCAGUCCUCAAGGUGAAUGGAUCAAUAAUAGCGACGACCCUUGUACGCCCGACUGGGUUCACCGACCUAACUCGUUCGCGUUGGACUCGGUAUAUUGCAGAAGCUAGAGGGUUAAAGGAAGAUUUCUUUUGGAUUCAGACAUGCUAGUUUAGAAAUUCUUUGUAAAUAUAUUUAACAUUCGUAUAUGUCUCCCAG